GCCGCGGUGGGGCGGGGAGCCGCUCUCCGCCCUUCCUCAGGCUUGCUCGGGCCGCGACGCGGAGGGCAGUGUCCAGGAUGCGGCGCGGGGUGGCUCAGCGCCCCCCUGCCCCGGCACGGCAGCGGCGGCCGCUGGGACCCGGCCAGGCCCGGGGACGGCGGCCCGAGCCUCGGUAGCGGCGGCAGCGGCGGGAGCGGCGGCCGAGGGCGGGCGGGCGGGCGGCCGGGGGCGGGGGCUCGGCUCCGCGCGGCUCGCCCGGCUCGGCCCGGCGCCAUGAGCGGCGGUGGCGGAGGGGGCUCGGCGCCCAGUCGCUUCGCCGACUACUUUGUCAUCUGCGGGCUGGACACCGAGACCGGGCUGGAGCCGGACGAGCUGUCGGCAUUAUGCCAGUACAUUCAGGCUUCUAAAGCCAGGGAUGGUGCCAGCCCUUUCAUUUCAAGUACGACUGAAGGAGAAAACUUUGAGCAGACGCCAUUGAGACGAACAUUCAAGUCUAAGGUCCUUGCCCGAUACCCUGAGAAUGUAGAUUGGAACCCCUUUGACCAGGAUGCAGUGGGAAUGCUGUGCAUGCCCAAAGGGCUGUCAUUCAAGACCCAGGCUGAUCCCAGGGAGCCACAGUUCCAUGCCUUUAUUAUCACAAGGGAGGAUGGCUCUCGGACAUUUGGGUUUGCCCUCACCUUUUAUGAAGAAGUGACCAGCAAGCAGAUCUGCAGUGCAAUGCAGACCCUCUACCACAUGCACAAUGCUGAGUAUGAUGUCCUUCGUGCUCCACUUGCUGAUGGUGGAGACCAGAGUGGUAUGGAAGAUGGUGAAGGCAUACCUGGAACCAAGCUGCAGCGCUUCAACUCCUAUGACAUUAGCCGGGACACGCUCUAUGUCUCUAAAUGCAUCUGCCUCAUCACUCCUAUGUCCUUCAUGAAGGCAUGUCGGAGUGUGCUGCAGCAGCUCCACCAGGCGGUCACAUCACCUCAGCCCCCUCCUCUGCCCCUUGAGAGCUACAUAUACAACGUACUCUAUGAGGUGCCACUUCCACCUCCUGGCCGCUCGCUAAAGUUUUCUGGGGUCUAUGGGCCAAUAAUCUGCCAGAGACCAAGUACCAAUGAACUUCCUCUGUUUGACUUCCCUGUCAAAGAGGUUUUUGAACUGCUUGGGGUGGAGAAUGUGUUUCAGCUUUUCACUUGUGCCCUUCUGGAGUUUCAGAUCCUGCUUUACUCACAGCAUUACCAGAGACUGAUGACCGUGGCGGAGACGAUUACAGCUCUCAUGUUUCCUUUCCAGUGGCAGCAUGUCUACGUCCCCAUCCUCCCAGCUUCUCUCCUGCAUUUCUUAGAUGCUCCUGUUCCGUACCUGAUGGGCUUGCAUUCCAAUGGCCUCGAUGACCGGUCAAAGCUGGAGCUGCCUCAGGAGGCUAACCUCUGCUUUGUGGAUGUUGACAACCACUUCAUUGAGUUGCCAGAGGACUUGCCUCAAUUUCCCAACAAACUGGAGUUUGUCCAGGAGGUCUCUGAGAUCCUCAUGGCUUUUGGGAUUCCCCCUGAAGGAAAUCUCCAUUGCAGCGAAAGCGCCUCAAAGCUGAAGAGGAUCCGAGUCUCUGAGCUUGUGUCUGACAAGAGGAAUGGAAAUAUUGCAGGCUCCCCUUUGCAUUCCUAUGAGCUCCUCAAGGAGAAUGAAACUAUUGCCCGGUUGCAAGCUUUGGUCAAGAGGACAGGAGUGAGUUUAGAAAAACUGGAAGUUCGUGAAGACCCCAGUAGCAAUAAAGAUUUCAAAGUUCAGUGUGAUGAAGAAGAACUCAGGAUUUAUCAGCUAAACAUUCAGAUCCGGGAAGUUUUUGCUAAUCGCUUUACUCAGAUGUUUGCUGAUUAUGAAGUGUUUGUCAUCCAGCCUAGCCAGGAUAAGGAGUCCUGGUUCACCAACAGGGAGCAGAUGCAGAACUUUGAUAAAGCAUCCUUCCUGUCAGAUCAGCCCGAGCCCUACCUGCCCUUCCUCUCAAGAUUCCUUGAGACCCAGAUGUUUGCAUCCUUUAUUGACAACAAGAUCAUGUGUCACGAUGAUGACGAUAAAGACCCUGUUCUCCGGGUCUUUGACUCGAGGGUUGACAAGAUCAGACUGUUGAAUGUUCGGACACCUACUCUCCGGACAUCCAUGUACCAGAAGUGUACCACUGUGGAUGAAGCAGAAAAAGCAAUUGAACUACGUCUGGCAAAAAUAGACCACACUGCGGUUCACCCACAUCUUCUUGAUAUGAAAAUUGGACAAGGAAAAUAUGAGCCUGGCUUUUUCCCUAAGUUGCAGUCUGAUGUCCUUUGCACUGGGCCAGCCAGCAACAAGUGGACAAAAAGGAACGCCCCUGCCCAGUGGAGGCGGAAAGACCGGCAAAAGCAGCACACAGAACACCUGCGCUUGGACAAUGACCAGAGAGAGAAGUACAUCCAGGAAGCCAGGAAUAUGGGCAGCACCAUCCGUCAGCCCAAACUGUCCAACCUCUCUCCGUCAGUCAUCGCCCAGACCAACUGGAAGUUUGUGGAAGGCCUGCUGAAGGAGUGCCGCAACAAGACCAAGAGGAUGCUGGUGGAGAAGAUGGGCCGAGAGGCUGUGGAGCUGGGGCACGGAGAGGUGAACAUCACUGGUGUGGAAGAGAACACCUUGAUUGCCAGCCUCUGUGACCUUCUGGAAAGGAUCUGGAGCCAUGGGCUGCAAGUGAAACAGGGGAAAUCAGCUUUGUGGUCUCACCUGUUACAUUAUCAGGAAAACCGGCAGAGAAAACUCACAUCGGGAAGCCUUAGUACCUCAGAUAAAGUCACCUGGCUGGAGAGAUCUCGGCUCAGUAGUUAAAGAGUGUUUACUGUGGUGUUGGAGAGAGGCAGCUCAGUGGUCAGGAGCACUUGCCACUCUUCCAGAGGACCUGGGUUGGGUUCCCAGCACCCACAUGGUUGCUCACAGCAUAUGCGGCUCCGGUUCUGGGGGACCUAUACCCUUUUUUUCAGGCAUGAAUGCAGUGUGCAUAUGUACAGACAUGCGGGCCAGGCAAUUGUACACAUAAAAGAAAAAUAAAAUCUUUUUAUAAAAAAAAGUGCUCAUUUUUAUUGCAGAGAACUAGAGUUCAGUUCCCAGCACCCAUGUUGGGUAGAUCACAACCUGUAACUAGAUUUCCAGGGCCUCAAACAUCCUCUUCUGGUCUCCAUGGAUACUCAAACACAGUGUAACCCACCCCCCCAUACGCUCAUACACACAAAUAAAAAUAAAAUAAAUCGUUUUUAAAAAAUGGAGCUCCCAGGCUAACCAAACGACUGUACCACUGCAAAACAGGUUUGCUUUCAUUGUCUAUUAGUAGACCCCAUUAUUUUAUUUUCUGAGAUGGGGUUUCUCUGUAACUUUGGAGCCUGUCCUGGAACUCACUCUGUACACCAGGCUGGCCUCAAACUCAGAGAUCCACCUGCCUCUGCCUCCCAAGUGCUGGGAUUAAAGGUGUGCGCCACCAUUGUCCUGCUUUUUUUUUCUUAAGAUUUAUUUAUAUAUAUAUAGCCAGGCAGUGUUAGGAGGAGUGGAGACACAGAGAAGAGAGGAGUACUACCUUGAGGGGAGGUGUUGGAGAUGGUGUGGGAGAAGGAGGCUUCUGGGAUUUGGCAGAGAUGGUCAGCAGGGUGCCCUCUUUGCUUCUCUGAGUUAGCAGGUUUUUACCUCAGCAUCUGGCUCCUGAGUCUUUAUUGGAGAAUUCAAAUGAUUGAGAUUUUGUUAAAAACAACAGAUCUCUAGAAGAUCAGCCAGUGCUCUUUCUUAACUGCUUAGCUUUCUCUCUAGAUCCAUCUCCACCCUGCAAAACAAAACAAAAACCUGUAGUUUGUAAGGGACUACAGAGACCAUCUAGUCCAACUGUUUUACUUUAUGAGAAAAAAAACCCUGAAGUCCCAAAAGGAACAGGAUGUUUAUAAGAUCAUCAACUAAGUUAAUACAAAAGCCUAGGUUGGGAGCAGAUCUCUGUCUACUCAUCUAAGGGUCCUUCAUGCCAUCCUGAAGCGUUUCUUCCCAUAUAUAUACUGGUUCCUUUACAGCUCUCUUUAUGUCCUCUUUUCCUUCUCCUUGCCAGAGGGAGUUUAGGACUUUUUUUUUUCCUUUCUCUUUUUUUCUUCUAAUUUUGGCUCUUUGAGACAGGGCUCUGUGUAUCCCUGGCUCGCCUGGAACUGCUCUGUAGAGUAGACCAGACUGGCCUUGAACUCAGAGAUCUGCCUGCCUCUGAGAUUAAAGGCUUGCACCACCUCUGCCUGGCUUUUAUUUAUUUAUUUUUAAACAACAAGAUUUCAUUGUGUUCUCCUGGCUGACCUGGAUUUUGCUAUGUAGACCAGAUGGCCUCAAACUCACUGAGAUCCAUCUGCUUUUGCCUCCCCAGUGCGGGGACUAAAGAUGUGCACACCAUGUCCAAUCAGCUAUUCUUAAUGGUAAAGGUAAGUUAAAUGGAAUUUUAAAAAAUGGACAGGAACUUCAUGCCCUUGAACAGGUGACCUUCAGGUAGCUCUGGUGUAGGAAGAUAAUUGGCCAAAAACCAAGGACAGACUUUUUUUUUUUUAAUUUUAUUUAUUGUGUAUACAGAGCUCUGCCUGCAUUUAUCCCUGCAGGCCAGAAGAGGGCAUCAAAUCUCAUUACAGAUGGUUGUGGGCCACCAUGUGGUUGCUGGGAAUUGAACUCAGGACCUUUGGAAGAGCAGCCAGAGCUCUUAACCACUGAGCCAUCUCUCCAGCCCAAGGCCAGACAUUCUUGAAGUAGUUUAUGAGGUAGUUUGGUGUACUUUGUGGGUGCGUGAGUCUCAGAGUCUUCUCAGGAAGUCUGUGACAGUUACUGCUAAGCAAUAAGUUGCAGCAAAAUAUUCUCAACAGCUUGGUGAUGGAAAUGCUAAGCUUUAAACAUAGGGCCUGGCACCAGGUCAGAGGUGUGGCUUCCCUUCUGGAGGUCCUAAGUGUUCUGGAACAGGUUCAUUCUGGAACAUUCUCUUGGCACUUUUGAAGGCAGAAUUGGAAGUGAGUGGUAGCUCCAGGUGGAAGUCCUGCUUUCCUGGGUCAUGUUGUGAUUGCAUACGAUGAAUUGAGAGCCAGAUCUGUGCUCCAGUCCCUUCUGCCACAGAAUCCACUUCGCUGUGACUCACUGUGUUAAGUGGGAAGACUGCACCCUUUUUUGGCUUUCUUGAAAAUUAUUCAAGAAUUAAAUAAAUAAGGAAAAAAAUCUAAUCUCUCUUAGAAAUUUAAGAAUGUUCGUGAAUGACUAUUAAGGUAUUAAUGAUAUACCCCACUGCUUGCUGUAGAAUUUGUGAUUUGAAACAUGAGAGAGUUGGCUCUUU